AUGUUAACUGUUAUAUGCGCAGACGAUAAUUGCAAAUGGAUGUUACGUGCUUCGAGUGUAAAGCAAUCUGUAAUAUUCAUGAUCCGUAAAUUCAACAAUGUGCACACAUGUUCCGUAGAUUUUCAUCGUAAUGCACGUCGACAUACCACUACUUUUGUAAUUGUCGAGCAUAUUUUGGGAAGAUUGGAUAAUCUAUACCGAUCGUACGAUCCUACCGCUAUUGCACGUGACAUGGAACGCGAGUUUGGUGUGAAAAUAAAUUGUCAAAAAGCACAUAGGGGCAAGGUGACCACUUUACAUAUGCUACACGGUACACCGAUGGAUAGUUUUCAAAAACUAUCGUCAUACUGUCACGUCGUAGGAGAGAGUAACCCGGGGACAGUAACAUACAUAGAAGUUGAUUCCCGUAACAGGUUUCAUUACUUCUUCCUGGCUUUCGGUGCAAGCAUUUCCGGUUACAUGCACUACUUGAGGCCAGUUAUUUGUGUUGACGGUAGUCACUUGAAAAGGUCCAUACAAGGGUGCGCUUUUGCUGGCAACAGCCAAGAUGCCAACAAACAGAUUUAUCUCCUAGCAUGGGGGAUCAUCGAUGCUGAAACAAAUAGAUCGUGGAUGUGGUUUAUAUCGAACUUGAAAGAGCUUAGAGGCGAUUCAGAUGAAUUGGUUUUUGUUUCCGAUAGGAAAAAUAGUAUUUGUAAUUCCAUUGUUUACCUAUUUCCUCUGUCUCACCAUGGGUACUGUAACUGGCAUUUGGAGAAGAACUCAAUCCAGCGGUACAACAAUGCAAGUGUAAUAUUCCUAUUCAAACGAGCUGCAAGAACUUCUCGACUGGAAGAGUUCGAAAGACUUACAGGUCAGAUCCGCAGGGUAAGUGAAAGAGCUUACGGAUACUUGGAGCGAGCAGGACUCUCAUUUUGGUCACGAGCGCUAUUCCUUGGCCAACGAUACAACAUUUUGACAAACAACAACACACAAUCUUUGAACUCAAUGUUGAGCACGCCCGGUCAUUGCCGAUCACGUGCUUGGUUGAGCACAUUCGACAGACUAUAA